GUCUGUGACAAGAUUGGGGAGCCGGGCCAAGGCCAUCAGUUAUAUUUUGGGGCAUGUUUAUUGCAGGGGCGGGGCGGAGCUGGUGCGGUUAAACCAGCCAAAUUUCGAUCAUCUGGAGAGGGUGGUCAACUAUAGCUUGUAGCCAUGGCAACCUUAGAUGUCACCCAGGACGACGUAGUGAAGCCAUCUGUGCUGAAUCUGGCCGACGAGUCAUCCAUGGUCGAGGAAGUCAGCAGUGCUCCAUAUAUUGCAACGCCGUCGGUAGCGAGCGUCUCCUGGGAUGACCUGGAUCCCACUGACAACCGUGACCUUCAGAUCAAGGUGGACGACCCGCAGAAACAUGUCACAAGCUUGGAGACCUACAUCACUUUCCGCAUAUCCACUAAGACGUCCCGUGCCGAGUUUGACGACAGCGAGUACUGCGUGCGCCGGCGCUACAACGACUUUCUGUGGCUGCGGGCCCGCCUCACCGAGGCGUACCCCACCCACAUCGUGCCGCCGCUGCCGGAGAAGCACAGCCUGCUGGGCCAGCUGGACCGGUACCAGCGCGACUUCAUCCGCUCCCGGAUGGCGCUGCUGCACCGCUUCAUGAACCGCGUGGCCGACCAUCCCGUGCUCAGCUGCCACGCCAGCUUCAAGCUGUUCGUCACAUCCAAACCGGCUGAGUUCGCCGUGCACAAGAGCCGCGGUCGAGGCGUGCUGGGCCGCGUCUCCGAGUCGCUGCAGGGCCUGACGACGGGCGGCGUGCAGGCGCGCUCGCCCGAGAUCCAGCGCGUGCUCGAGUACGCCGAGAAGCUGGGCGACAAGCUGACUGUGCUCGAGCGCGCCAGCGGCCGCAUCCACAAGGACAAGACGGGUAACAGCCGGCGCCGCCCCGGAAAGACGGCCAGCACCUCGGAUAACAUGCCGUGCACUGACGCGCAGCCGGCCCAGCUGGCGCAGCCGCUGCGCGAGUACGUGCUGUACGCCGAGGCCAUCCGCGAGGCGCUCGGCCGCCGCGACGCCGUGCAGGCCCAGUUCGAGAGCACGGCGGCCGAGAUCCAGCGCAAGGAGGCGGAGCGCGCGCAGGUGAACGCCGGCCAUGCGCCCUCGGGCCUCAGCUGGAUGUUCAGCCGCGCCACCCCGGAGACGCUGCGGGCCGAGGAGGAGCGGCUCGGCCGCCAGCUGCACCAGCUCAAGCUCGAGCUCGAGGCGCUCAACGACCGCCUGGAGUGCGCCAACUCAAACCUGCUGGCCGACAUGGAGCGCUGGGAGAAGCUGAAGCAGCGCGACAUCAGCCAGCUGCUCGGCACCAUGGGCGACACGCAAGUCCACUACUUCGAGGAGUGUCUCGCCUCCUGGGAGUCGGCGCUGGCGACGUGCGAGGCCGCCGGCGACUCGCCGCGAUCCCUAGUCAACUGACGUCCCGGGCCGCCUCGGACGGCCCGCUGCCGGGUCGCCGCCGGCCCGUCCGGCGCACCACGCUGCUCGCCUUCAGUGUCCCGCUAUUUAUUCGGACGUAACCAGCGUGCAGCCCGUGCGUAUGCACAUUCCACGCGCGCCAUGAUAGGCCGGGUAGAGUAGCGCUGCCGCCGCGCGCAGGCAAAUCGCUGCGAACGUGGGAGUACCGGCCUCGUGCUACAGGCCCCAGGCGAGGGGACGUGGCCGUCAGACGGACGCCCCGGCAGGACUGUGGCAGGGACGCGGGCAGCCCCCCUCCGCAUGGCUCCUGCCGCGGUUCUGCGUACUGCCGGGCGCCGAGCGGCGGGUUUUGGGGACCUAUAUCCGUAUAUUUUCGUCUGAUAUCUGAAUGUCAGGUCGGGGGGGGGGGGGGGGCAGAUGUGUCGGUGAGGUUAAGCACGCGCCGCGGAGACACUGGGUGCCGCCCGCAGCCGCGCAGCCUGGCCCACGCGCCAUCGCUGCCGCGAGCGCCAGAGUUCCCGCACCGUGCGUCGCUUCACGUGGUGGCGUGUUCUUUGGAGGCGCUCGUUGUAACCUGAGCGCGGUGAUGCUUACUCUGUUCUUCUCGGGCACUCCUCGGAGGCUGUGUAUUCACGGCUUAGCUUUCGCCUCAAAUUCCAUCGGACGUGAUUGUUGUAUUUGCUUUCUGUUGUGUAGCACGUACAAAAUAUUUGUGUUUGCAUGCUAUGAUCUCUUACCCCACACCGUUAAAUAAAUUUGUUGGUCUGCAAAGGCGUUAUUGGGUGCUAUGAUAAAGGCUCGUGCAAUAAUUCACGAAAGCACCAUCCCACAGUCGCCGUAACUGAGCAUACAUUACGAAACCCGAUCCGCCGGGCUUCCACCACUAAAACUAAUCUUAAGUGAUAUCUCGCACACCCACAACGGCACGUAAAUUUUCUGAAAAAAAGAACUGUCAACAUGGCGCCCGAGCGGCGCCUCGCGCGCACGCGCGCCCGGAGGCGCUCAUACAGAGACGCUAGAAACAAAGCAUGUACAGGGCGCGCUCAGAACGCCAGAGUUGGAGCCCACACCUCAGAGAAGUCUGCGGGUGGCUGGCGGCCGGCGGCGCGGGCCGCCAGCCCCCAUUUUCGCCGGCCUGUUGCCGCUCGCGCUCUCGCUCGCUCGCUCAGCCUCGGUGCCGGGGGGCCGCGGCGCCCGACACUCGGCAGUCCAUCACAGAGUGAGUCCGCUCCACCGCGCCCGGCCGUCACUGGAAGGCCGGGAAGAAUGGCGGCCGUGGCUGCGGCGGCGACUGCGGUCCCAGCGCGAAUCCGCCUGGCGACGGAC